AUGGAUUUCCACAGUCUCACAAGGAGGGAUCUCCAAGCCCUGUGCAAGAAGAACAAGAUUCCAGCGAAUAUGACCAACGCAGCCAUGGCUGAUGCACUGAGAGCUCUCAAUCACGUUGAAGGGUUGUCUGAAAACCCAGAAACAAUCCUUGAUGCAAGCAAAAGACCAGAGAUCCUAGAUCUUCCUCGCACCACCCCAAGAACAUCAACUCGGCAAAAACCAGUGGCUGUAUCUGAAACGAACGAUAACACCAAUGUUUCAGAGAUAUCUGAAACACCAGUAACUCUGAAGGGUCGGAGAAGAGCGGGGGUGACUUCCGUUAGGCGGAGGAUCGAAACCCAUAUGGAGUAUAACCAAGAAGGAGAAGAAGAACGACGCAAGGAAAACCCAACCGUUCCAGUUCUCAGUGUGAGGAGAUCUUCCAGACUGUCUGAGAAACGAUUGUGUGAGUCGAUUCAGAAGAAGGAUUCAAGAAGAACAGAAGCCGUUAAAAUUGCAGUCUUGUCUGAAGAACCCGAGGAUUUGGAGAAGGAGAAAUCAAUAGAAGGUUCUGAGAUCUCCGUCAGCAAAGAAAACGAAGGUAAGAUUUUCAUCAACAACAACAGCAACACUGAUGCUAGUAAUACAGAGGAGAGCUCUGUGGUGAAUUCAAGCGACACUAAUCCUCUAGAUGGUGAAGAAGUGGAUGGAUCUGUUACUGAACCGGUGAUUUCUGGUGAGAUUUUCAUCAACAACAACGACAAUAUCACAGAGACUUGUAAUACAGAGGAGAGCUCUGUGGUGGAUUCAAGCGACACCAAUCCUCAAAAUGGUGAAGAAGCGGAUGAAUCUGUUACUGGUGAUGUUGUUUCAGAUACUGAACCUGUUUCUGCAGAAUUUCAGGGAAGUGGGUCUCUGAGAACUGAGAAGGAGAAGGAGCUUUCUGAACCAGUGUCAAUGGAGGAUCAACAUGGUGCUGCUGCCCUUGUUCCAGAAUCAUUGUCUCCUGAGAAAUUUGAUCAGACUAAAGAUGCUGUGGUUUCUUCUUUUUGCUCCGAGGGAAAGGAAGUUUUCAAUGUUCAAUCUCCCACACUCUUAUCUAACAUUGCAGCUCAUGUUACAGAGGCAGAGGACACUGCCACUGCCGAGGGAGGGGAGGAACAUGAGUCUAGUGAAGUUUUGACCCAUUUUCACUCUGAAAAUAGGAAUUCUGCCAUUGGUGCAUCUGAGAAAUGUGAUCAGACUAAAGAGGCUGGUACAGUGAUGGAGGCAAGACAAGAUGCUGUGGCUUCUUCAUUUUGCUCCGAGGGAGAGGAAGUUUUCAAUGUUCAAUCUCCUACACUCUUCUCUUCCAUAGCAGCUCAUGUUACAGAGGAAGAUGACACUGCCACUGCUGCCAUUGAUGUGAUCUAUGAGGUGCCAAUGCCCAAUGAAGAGAACAAAUCAGGCAAUGAUGACAAUAUCACCUCUGUUUUGCAAAUUAAAGAUAAGAUUUCUCUACAAUCAUCUACCAUCAAUCCAAUUACGACCCCUACGAAAUCACUGAAGAAUCAGACGCCUGGGAAAUCAGCCAGCAAGAGACAGAUGCCAAUUCUGAUCACGGUAUUUGGGGACGACAAAGAGAAUAAUCAGAAUGUGGCCAGCUCACACAAGAAAUACAAGGAUGUGAGUAAGAUAAAAAUGGCCAGCUCACAGAAGGAAUACCAGGAUAUGAGUAUGAUAAAAAUUAAAAAGUUGAUCAAAGAAAAGGAACAGCAGUUGGAGAAUAAAAGAACAGCUCUGCAGACUCUCAACUAG